AUGGAAAUUUAUGAUAAGAAAAAGUCAUUUUUAACGCGCCAGAUCCAGCUUUUGUCGCAUCCUUUACAGAUUCCCAAGAAACUGCAUAUACAGUCGGAAUCGAAUGACUUUAAUGAUUCAAUUGUUGAACGGGUUUUCCAAAGAUUACAUUUGCGAGUGAAAAGGCACGUACGAUUCAACUACUCACAGCAAGCGACCCAGCACGUUGCAGCCCAAAUAAGAAAACUUUACGAACAAAGUACUCAGCUGGAGAACUUGUCCUCGCUGCCUUCCUGUUUAUAUGGCGACUUUGAUUUGCGUGACAUUGUAAGUUUGCAAAAUUUACCACACCCUUGGCCAUUUCAGUUAGAGCAAAAUGAGCAGGAAAAGCAAAGUCAGCAGGACCGGUAUGACAUGUUGGUUGGAGAAUUAAUAUCUUCAUUGUCUGCCCUAGAGCAGAUAAAACAAGAACGAAAAGUUAUAGAGGACUACCGACUAUCUCUGAAACCGUUCCUGAAUAACACUCGAUCGCCUGCAAGACAACAGUGGAAAAAAAACACAGAACUGCCUGCCCUCCUUUCCUCUGUCAACGUCACGGUUGCUAGAGCCAAUGCUCGUCUCAGAAAUGACUCCCUCAUGUCUAUAAAUCCAGUUAACAAAGACCAAAUAUUCCCUCUUGAAGAAAGACUUAAGGACCAGCAUUUUCGCAAUUCUUAA